AUAACAUGGAUAUAUCUACUACAAUAAUUUAAAAAGAGUGAAGAGAGAAGAGUCACAAUCGGAAAAAGGAGAGGGUGAUAAACGUAUCGGCUGUGUAUUUAUUAUUCCUCUUUUCAAUGGAUGAAAUGAAAAUUCUAGGAAUUCUUCUAGGAACUGAAAUUCUGGGAACCUUGAGAGAGCAAGAGCAGUCCAGUAACACAGAUUUAUCAACAACCCGUGAUACAGCUAUAACAAUGGAAGUACAAAAAGGAGAUCAAUUCAACAUAACCUGUUGCUUACAAAAUCAUAGUUCCUGCUUGAAUUUUAAAGAAGAAAAUAAUUAUACCAGUCCUUAUCAGAGAAUAGAAGGUCAGCUCCAAAAGGAAUUGCUCAUUUUGAGUGCGUUGUUUUUAAUUUCCUAAAAAUGGAAUGUACAAUUAAGCCUUACCGUGAAACUAUUUAUACACAAUACAAUAUAUCGGAGAUGAAAAGAAAAGAUAGUCAAUUAGACGUUUUUGAAACAGAUGAUUUUGUAUAUAGAUCUGAUCGUCAAUUCUUUCAUUUUGUUAUAAAUUCAUCAAACAGUCUAGGAUAUCGAAUCGAAAACAAAAUAAUCAACCAAUAUAACAUUGUUAAACCAGAUCUGCCAGUUGUGCAUAUAAAAAAGAUCACCACUAAUAGCGUCACACUUUCUUGGAGCAUACCCAAUUACCAGACAUAUAUUAAAUACACAGACGGUCUUGUUUAUGAAUUCUUUUUAAAAACUAAAAAUUUUGAAUGGUUUAAGAUUAUGCCUGAUAUAAAAAGUUAUAAUGAAUACUUUUGGGUUGAGAUCAAUAAUUUAUUCUCAUAUAUGGAAUAUUCCGUGCAUUUACGAGUAAAGGCUAACAAAACUAUUGAUGAUGACAGAAUGUGGAGUAGAAAAUUUAUAGAAAAUUUUACAACACUAUCCGGACCACCGAAUAAAUCUCCAGAGAUUGAUAUUGGAAGUUUUAGUUUUUACCCAGAAGGAAAAUUUUUGAGUUUAUUCUGGCGGAAAUUACCUGAAUAUGAACAGAAUGGACCAAAUUUUACUUAUAAAAUUACAAGUAUAAAGGAAGAUGGACAAGUUAUAAACCCAACUAUAAUCAUGAAUAAACAUUUAUCUUCUGCUUUAAUCUUCAUUGAAUGGAAAAACACAUCAAAAUACCAAUUCGAAUUAAAGAGUCAAAAUCAAAUGGGAUUUUCGGCGAAUUCAAGUGUUUUGAAAAUAAGUCCACGGCACUUAAAUAUAAGCCAUGAAGAACAAAAGCAAGCAAUAACCAAAAUCUAUCACAAAACAAAUCAAACUUAUACUAUAACCUGGUUAAGGCCGAUUAAUUUUGAUGCCUUGAAUAGUUUUACUCUUUUUUGGUGCGAAGCAAGGACAGGAUCUAAAAAUCAGUGCCAGGGAAGAGUGGAUUUUAAGACACUAGACAAAAGUUCGCUUAACUAUAUGACUGGCCAAUUUAAUACAUCACUCAACUUUGCUUUGUCAGAAAACUAUUAUAAUAACAGUUAUAGCAGUGGAAUGUUGUGGGCUAUGUGUGCUCCAGAUGAUGAAACGAAAAUAUUUUCCAUUUCCAUAGAUAAGGUAACAAAACGUACAGAAAGCACUAUCACAAUUCAUUGGAUUAAAAAAUGCUGGCAUAUGACUUAUAUUGACGGAUACAUUUUGACGUAUUGUGAAGCCAAUUCGAAAAAAUGUGAAGAAAAAAUUGUUCCAAAAGAUGCCAACAAUUACGAGAUAGUCGGUUUGAAAUCAUCUACUUUGUAUAAAAUAACCUUAAGAACGUUUUUGGAGACCACACUUGGACAAAUAAGCGAUUUUGUAAUGGAAGCUACUACAGAAGAAAAUGAUAAGACUAAAAGUAUCAUCACUAUUUGUUUGAGUAUUAUGACUAUUGCAGUAACCCUGGGUUUAUUAUUUUCCUUAAGAAACAAAUGUCGUAAAAUGCAGAAAAUCGGAGUUAUAUUACCAGAAGCGCCUAAAGAAGAUGCAAUAAUACCAACUGAAAAUGAUAGUAAUGGAUUUCUCCUAGAUCAAAAACAAUUGAUCAAAUCGAAAAAUUAUUUAACUACAACGAACAGUGCUCAUAGUAAUGAUAUUAAUGAUCAAAAUUGUUCAUGUUAUCAACCAAUACCAACGAGAGAAAAUAAGAAAAGUAUUAGUACAUCGAUUGAGGAAAAUGAUAUGAUCAGUGAUUCGAAUCAAAAAGCAGAAAAUAGUUAUUCGAAAAUUUCAACUUUCCAAAAUUUAUCUGGUGGAUAUGUUUCACCAUCUUUAAUUUUUACCCAAUUACAGCAAAGAACGGCUACAUCCAACAAAAAUUCCUCGCCUCCUUUGAACGAUGGAGACGAACUCCCUAUGGACUUAACAUCCAUAUAUAACCCGGCAAAUGAUCAAACCACCAAAAUCAAAGAAAAACCUAAAUACUUUAAUGGAUAUAUAUAAAUUGAAAAUAAAUCAUUUAGCAUUCAUAAUACUAAGAAUUAAGAAUGUUGAUUUGACUUGUAUUGAAUAUAUUAAACCUUUAUCUUGCA